ACUGAACUUUGAGCACAUCCACGCAACAAAUUUGUUCGGAUAUUCAAAAGCAAAGAUGGAAUAUUAUAAUGGAGAAGGUAGAUUUGGACACUUGAGACAGCUUUGUUUGAGAAAUAAUCGAACAGCCACCGACAAGACCUCAGGAACCAACACACGUGAAAGUGUUGUUAACAAAACAAAACGGUUUGUCUUUGAUUUUGAGGCUAUUUGUGUCAUUGGGCAAGGCUGAUUUCAUUGCUGCAGCCGAUCUGUUUGAUUUGGGCCUUGAAGAAGCCUUCUUCCAGUUCGUGGUUAUUGGCUGUCACUCACUCAGCCGAUUCAAUGGCCGCUGCCCUUUGAACAGCUGCAAUGGCGACCAAGAUUCUGUGGUAUCUCUUGUUUUGUGCCCUGUUCGUCUCUGUUUUUUCUGCAGGAGAUUCAAAUGUGACCGAUAACCCUGCUGACAAACUAGUAGUUGUGCUGAACAAGAACAGAACGGCUCAUAAGUUAUCUCCUCUGAAAGACAAUCCUGGCUUGGCAUGCCUUGCUCUUCAGUAUAUUAAGGCGUACCAAGGGAAAUGUGAAGCGGUUGGAGGUCCCGACGGAAUGAAGCCUCCUAAUUCUGCGUUUGCUGAAACUUUUGCUCCCAACUGUGGAGUUGUUGUCUCGUCUCUUGCUCCGAUUACGGGGCGGUUGCUCGGUUGCCAGUCUAAAUAUGUACAUGCUCCCGAAGCGUUUUCUGAUGUUUUAAUGGAGAAUAACAAGAGCUUGGAGAUUCUUUACUACAAGAAUAACACUGAAGUUGGAGCUGCUGUUACUGGCACAGAUGGGGGUUCUCCUUACUUUUGGUGUGUGUUGUUCAGCAACGGCACCACCUCCAACAGCUUUGCUUUUGAGGGGGGAGUGGCCAAGUUAACGCGCCCUGGUUGCUACAGUGGUGCCGAUGACCAAUGCAGCGGAACCAAUAAGCAGUUUUCAACCUCCCGUAUGUUGCUAUCAGCCUUCACAUCUUUGGUUGCCAUAACAUUUGCCUUUGGUUUAUGAUCGUAGAUAGGUCUCAUCCAAACAUGAAAAACGUCAUAUUACUUGCUUUACAACCAUCUAUUUUCUUUAUCAUUGGUUGGGCACUGUAUUCUUUGUUUGAUUUUGAAGUUUUUGAAUUGUUUUGGAAGUGCUUGAUUCGUGUUAUUUGGUCAUCAAGUCAUCAUAUGUUGUAAAAUCUCGUGUAUUCUUGGGUUUCAUAGUGGAUCCAUUUUUUCCUUAUAAAAGAAAGUUUCACUUUAUUAAGUACA